AUGCUAGAAGACUAUAGGAUAUAUGAAGAUGUUCUUGUCUUUGAUACAACAUACAGAACCAACAGAUAUAAUCUUAUAUGUGCUCCAUUUGUUGGAAUAAAUAAUCACUGGCAUAAUUGUAUGUUUGCAUGUGCUUUUAUUGGGGAUGAAAAAACAAAUUCAUUUGUGUGGCUACUAGAAACCUUCUUGAAAGCUAUGGAGAAUAGAACACCAACUUUAAUAUUCACUGAUCAGGACCAAGCAAUGGCAAAUGCAAUUGAGCAGGUGCUUUCUAAUACAAGGCAUAGACUUUGUAUCUGGAAUUUGGAACAAAAUGCCAUAACCAGAUUUGGAGCUCUUAAAAAAGACAAAGAAUUCAAGUAUGCAUUCAACCAGUGCUUAAAGAUGUGUGUGACAGAACAAGAAUUAAAAUGGCAGGAAAUGAUGCAGAAAUAUGAGUUGACAGCACACUCUUGGUACCAAAGAGUGUACGAGUUGAAAGAGAAAUGGUGUCCUUCCCUUAGUAGAGAUUUCUUUUCAGCAGGAAUCUUAUCGUCACAAAGGAGUGAAAGCACUAAUCAUGCAAUACGAUUCAGAGCAAGUAAAGCAACUACCUUGACAGAAUUUUAUACCAUAUUUAAGAAGACAACCAAUCGUUGGAGAAGCACAGAGAAAUAUGAUGAGUUUACCUGUAGCAAGUCAAUAGCAUUCACUUUAUUGCCACUGUCUGGAAUGCUAAAGCAUCUACACAGGUUUUCACUUUGUCACUCUUUAGAGAUUUUGAAGAGGAGUUUGGAUACUCUAUGA